AUGCGCGUCGCGCGACUCUGCUCCCUUGGCUGGGUCGUCCCCAAAGUUGAAGCUGCCGGCUUCAAGGUUAAGAACAUUGACGUCCUCGGCAUUGCACUUUUCUGUGAGCCGUCCGCCCCUCAUCUCCAAAUGCCAGAUGAUGACCUAUCUGACCAGUACAAAAUUCGGGACAUUGUUGACGCCACUCCCCACCCCACGCUUGUGCAAUAUCUUACAGCACACGUGUAUGCCACGUCCAGCUCAACCGUCAUUCACUGCCUCCGGGUCUCAUUCCCACGAUACACUAAAUUAAAGCCCAGUGGAGUAUAUUAG